AUGUCAUCUCCCAGUCCUGGAAAACGUCGUAUGGACACCGACGUUGUCAAACUCAUUGAAAGCAAACAUGAGGUGACCAUUCUUGGUGGGCUGAACGAAUUCAUGGUGAAGUUUUAUGGACCAUUAGGCACACCUUAUGAAGGAGGGGUGUGGAAAGUUCGAGUAGAUUUGCCAGACAAGUACCCCUUCAAGUCCCCAUCAAUAGGAUUUAUGAAUCGGGUGUACCAUCCCAACAUUGAUGAAGUAUCCGGAACAGUGUGUCUGGAUGUGAUCAACCAAGCCUGGACUGCCCUCUAUGAUCUGUCUAAUAUCUUUGAGUCGUUCCUGCCCCAGCUGCUUACAUAUCCCAACCCCAUUGACCCACUCAAUGGUGAUGCUGCCGCCCUCUAUCUCCACAAACCUGAAGAGUACAAGAAACGAGUAAAAGAUUAUGUUCAGAGGUAUGCAACAGAAGAGGCUCUGCGUGAAUCUGAACAGGCAGCAUCUUCGACCGAGUCAUCAAUGAGUGACUUCUCUGAGGAUGAGGCUCAAGAUAUGGAAUUAUAA